UCGGGGCUCAUUUCGGUCUUCUUCUCCAUUUCAUUCUCCCAGCGAUUACGCAUUCUGCUUCUGGCUUCUAUCCAAAACCGUCUUGCGGCUGUAGCGAUGUGCAUCUGACUUCUGGCCCUCUUGAUCUCACAAUGGAUCAGUUCAUACUCGGAAUUUUCCCACUCGGAAUCUAUCACCACGGCCAACCAUUUUGCACGGUUUUAUUCUCUUCCGAGUGUCUUGCUGGAUGCAUCCCAACUGUACCCCAGCAAGUUCUAUUAGCAGCACGCGACAGCUGCCUCGGAGGCCUUCUAGUUUCCUUUGUCUAUUCAUCUCCUAUUAUUACGGAUUUCCACAACCCUGCAGAGUCGAGAAGCGCUCUCCCUCUCACAGUCGAGACCCAUCCACAGUACCUCAGCGAAGCUCUACUGCUGGCGGCCUACGUGCCUGCCAUUCCCCACCAUACACCACAGGACACCACACCACGCCACACCGAAUCUCUUAAGUCAGAACUGCUCUUUGUCGACGCAUCGGCUGUUCCCCCACACCAGACUGCCACACCCCCAUCUCCUUUAUUCGUCUUUCUCCCUCGUUCUCUUCGCAGUCUCUAGUCGUCAAGGGAUUCAGCUGCUUCCCCGUUCAUCAUCCUGGCAUUGCAACUGUACUUGCCUACCCUUCAGUACUUUCUCUGCUGGUAGAAACCAGUUUGUACGUAGCUGACAGCAUUCUGUACAUAAGCACAUUUUGCGGAAAAGCUGAGGGAAGAGAAAGGUGGAGAGGAAACAGGUGCCUCGUCGUAAUGCGGUGGAAUGGACGGUGGUGCUAGCCUUGUUCAGAGAGAAUCAAUCAUUAUCAGUUAUCUG